UUCCGCGACAAGUUCGCAUUACACGCGCGCUACGGCCAGUCCUUCUUCCUGGUGACGCCGGGAGGCCGGGAAUUCAUCACCGCAGAUCGGAGCGUUGCGGAGCAGAUCCUCCUGCGUCGGAGGACGUUCCCCAAGCCUGUCGGGCUGCUUGACAAGUUAGAGCUGUUCGGACCGCAUCUUGCUUCGGUCGAAGACACAACCUGGCAGCGCCACCGCCGCAUCACGGCCAGCGCAUUCACCGCGGCCACCGACCAGAUCGUCUGGACCGCCUCCCUUGCCCGCGCGGCGCAGCUGGUCGCCUCCCGGCCCCGUACAACCACCAGCACAUUCCCCGACCUGGCCGAUGCAAGCCUCGACAUACUCCUCAAGGCCUGUUUACCCACCACCACCUCAUCAGACCCAACCUUCUGUCCGGAGGCGUGCAAACCCGCCCUCCUCCGCUUCCUGGACAUCAUCACCGCCCCGAGGGGGAGCCUUCUCCCCUGGCGGCGGAGGGACGGCCUACGGAGUCUGUGGGCAACGGCGCGCGAGCUAGGGGCCAGUAUCGCGCAGUUGGUGGAAAACCGGCGACGGGAUCCGGAUGGAACCCUAAAACGGGGGGAUCUACUCUCGACAUUGCUGCGGUGCGAAGGCCGUCCUGGCCACGGCAACCGGGAUUAUAUGUCCGGGGACGAGAUCCGGGGCAACGUGUUUCUGUUUCUGUUUGCGGGGCAUGAGACCACCGCCAAUACGUUGCUGUAUGCGGUGUAUCUUCUGGCUAUCUUUCCGGCGUGGCAGGCGUGGGUGGGGCAGGAGAUGGAUUCCUUGCUUCAGGGUUGGGCAGAGAAUGAGGAGCCUGGGUGUGAGGUGUUGGAGGGGUUGAAGAGGCUGAGGGCUGUUAUGAUGGAGACGCUCCGGCUGUAUGGCCCCGUUGUGAAUGUGCUGCGCGAGACGCGCGAGCAGGACGAGAUGGUCAAGAUGGAGACGCCGUUUCUCAUUCCAAAGCACACCUCGAUCCGGGUCAAUAGUGUAGCGCUGCACAUGAACCCUGGGACGUGGGGACGUGAUGCGGCGGAGUGGAGGCCGUCGCGGUGGGUGCUUGCGUCGUCAACCGGACACCCCGGGGAGGAUGUUUACAACGCGGAGAUGGAGCGGAGGCUCAUCGCUUGGUCGAAAGGGCCGAGAGUCUGUCCUGGCAAGCGAUUCUCGCAGAUCGAGAUCCUGGCGGUGCUGCUGCAGCUGUUCCGACGGCAUAGACUUGAGAUUGUACCUGACCCCGGGGAGACAGUCGAGGAGGCACGGCAACGGGCGUAUGCGCGGGUGCAGCAGAGCACAAUGAGUUUGACUCUGCAUAUUCCCCAGCCAGAGAAGCUGUGCUUACGGUGGGAGCGGCGG